GUAUAGAGUCAACGUCCCACUUUUUUGGGGUUAUAAAAGGAGUUUGACUUGUACCACAAACCUCAUAAAGGAGCACGUUUGAGGACAACACAGUUUCAUCAGAGAAAGAAGGGGAAGACAACAGAGCGCUUUUUCCACACAUUGCUUCUUUUUGUUUCGUCAAUCUGCAUCAGUCCUGCACAGGCAGUUGGAAAUGCUUGUCCAUCGAACUCUCUCCACUGUGUGGGUUCUUCUGCUUCUGAAUGUCUCCGGAAGGGCGAUGAAGUUUAACUUGUUCAAUCAAAACCUGAAGCCGCAGGAAGGUGACGUGAGGCUGUUUGGCUCCCAGAACAUUUCCGAGGGUCGUGUGGAGGUCUACCAUGAUGGGAUAUGGGGAACAGUUUGUGACGACAACUGGGACAUGGCCGAGGCCCAGGUGGUGUGUCGUCAGCUAAACUUCCCUGGAGCCAAAUCUGUCGUCAUUGGAAAGAACUAUGGACAAGCACCUGGACCUAUUUGGCUGGAUGACAUCAACUGUAAAGGCACUGAGAAGCAGCUGGCGACUUGUGCUUUUAGUAACUGGGGAGAAACUGACUGCUCUCACAAAGAGGAUGUUGGAGUUAUUUGUGAAACUGGAAGUGCUGAUAAGACCAUCAGUGAUUCCACACACUCACUGGACCACAGUAUCAGUCUGUCUGAUGACCUCGGCCAAAUCUUUGACAGUGGGAACGACUGUGACUUCCGGAUCUUUGUCCGGAGUCCUAGUGGAAACAAACAGGACGAUGGGACCCCGCAGAUGGUUGAGACAACAAUCUGUGCUCACAAAGUGAUCCUCUCACAAUUCCCGCUCUUUAAAGCUUCAGUGGGGAUCGCUAACAUCACAAUCAAUAUCAACCCGUCCUGCCUGCCACAUUUCACCUCCUUCAUCAGGUACAUUUACACCCGUAAGAUGGAUGUGACCUUCUCCUCUGCACUGUGCCUCCACCAACUGGCUUCCAAUUUUGGAAUAGAGCAGCUAAAGGCAGACAUAGGCCGGCUGUUUUCUAAAAUCCUCCCAGAUGACGACACCUUCCAAAAUCAGGUUUCCAUUUACAAAUAUGCAGUGGGGACUAAGGACUUAAUCCUUGAGGAAAACUGUCUCAGGUACAUGGCCUGGAACUAUGAAAACUUGACCAUGUCUCCAGCGUGGACCGGCAUCUCAGUGGAGCUCCUUGGGGCUCUUCUAACCCGCUCAGAUUUAGUGGUGCCAGACGAGUAUUUUGUGCUGCAGAGCGUAGAGAGCUGGAUCACAGAAAUGGGCAAGUCCACCAGUUUGGAAACCCAGGUUGACCUGUUGAGUCGCAUUCGUUUCCCUAUGAUCCCUGCUGAGAAACUGUAUGAGUUGGAUUCUAGCUCCCUUCUCUACAGCGCUCAUAAGGAUAUGUAUCUUGAGAACAUGUUGAAAGCCUUUCAGUUUAAUGUUCUGCUCUUUGGUAAUCUGACUAACCCAAAGUACAACAAGCAUAAUGAUGAUUACCAGCCCAGGAUCUACACUGCUGAGCCUUGGAGUGCUGUUAUUGACCUUUCAACCAGAAAGACACAAUAUCAGUACGCUGGCCGAUAUGACAGACGUUAUCAGCAAAAUUAUUUAUAUAGUCAAAGCAUGACCAAGUUCUUUAGCACACCUGCCCACAACAGCCUGCUUUUUAAGGACAAGAAGAUCAGCUGGAGGGCAUAUAUCCUCCAGAGUCAGUACGAGUGUUCAAACCAGGGUCUCAGGUGCGAGUCGGUUCCUAUGGCAAGGCUGGUCCCACAAAAUCAAAUCCAACAGGGGAGCAACAUCCUCUUCCGUAACCAGCUCCUGAUGAUAUGCAAAGGCAAGUACGUCUGUCAGGUUCAAGGCUUCAAAGGCUACAUGGCUCCUAUCACUGUGAAUGAUACCCAAGUCCUUUCCUACCCCUGUCCUGAUGACAAAUACACCUACCAGUUUGUAGUGAGACCAGAGUAUGUCUGAGCCAGCAAAGUUUAUUCUCACAUACAGUACGAUCAGCUUGUCUCAGUAUUCAGUAAACUGCAAUCAGUGCUUAAUUUUCUGAUCAAUGUGAUUUUUUAUUUUUUUUGCUAAUGAUUCAUUUGAAACAUAUCACCACAAAUUUAGGAAACCUCAAGUAACUUGUGUUUACAUGAAAAUCAGUAUCCUUACCUGCAUAUAUUGUUUUAAAUAAAGUGAUUUCUUGUCUGCA